AUGGAUAUCGAGGAAUUCAGGAAGGCUGGUUACGACGCGGUUGAUCGCAUAUGCGACUACUAUGCAUCACUCCGUCAAAAGCCCGUGGUGGCUCAAGUUCAACCGGGAUACCUUCGGAAGGCUUUACCAGAAAAUAUGCCAGAGACAGGAGAGAAAUGGUCGGCGAUCAUCGAAGAUUACUCGAAACUGAUCAUUCCCGGCAUCACUCCAUGGCAACAUCCCAACUUUUACGGAUACUUUCCUACCGCGUGCACCUUUGAAGGAAUCAUUGGAGAUAUGCUUAGCAGCUCAGUCUCGAAUCCUGGCUUCAACUGGUUUGCUAGCCCGGCAUGUACUGAGCUAGAGAGCGUCGUCCUUGACUGGUCUGCUAAGAUGUUCGGUCUGGAUAAAGCCUUCUGGAACGAGAACGAGACUGGCGGAGGUGUAAUCCAGACGACUGCCUCAGACUCAGCUUUAACUGCUGCUGUUGCUGCGCGUUCACAUUACCUCUCUCGUCAUCCAGGCGUCUCGCUCGAGUCUCUCGUGAUCUAUGCAACCACGCAGACUCACUCAUUCGCGAAGAAGGCCGGACUGAUCCUUGGUCUCAAAGUGCGCGCGUUGGCAGUAGACGAGAACGCUCGUCAGGGAUACGGUCUUGACGCUGGCACAUUGCGCGCUGCCAUCGAGGAGGAUCGAGCUGCGGGUCGCGCACCGUUUGUCCUCAUUGCUACAGUGGGCACCACGACAUCAGGCGCAAUCGAUCGUAUCGAUGAAGUUGGAAAGCUGUUGAAGGAAGAGUACCCUGACAUCUGGCUCCAUGUUGACUGUGCGUGGCUAGGCAUCGUCCUGGCGUGUCCGGAGUAUUGCGAGCGGCUGGAGCUCAGCGGUCUCAAUAAAUGGGUGGACAGCAUCUGUAUCAACUUCCACAAGUGGGGUCUUGUCAACUUCGACUGCUCCGGUAUGUGGGUGCGCUCAAGAGCGCGACUCAUCGACGCUCUCGACAUCACGCCCGAGUACCUCCGCACAAAACAUGGCGACGCCGGUACGGUCAUCGACUUCCGCAACUGGCAUCUCUCCCUUGGAAGGCGCUUCCGCUCGUUGAAGCUGUGGUUCGUGCUCAGGAGCUACGGUGUCGCUGGCUUCCAGGAAUACAUCCGACGCUGCAUAUCCCUAAACGAGGUCUUUGCCUCGCACAUCACUGAAUCGGAGCUUUUCGAGCAUGUUGCUCCGCCGUCCUUCUCGUUGACGAUCUUCCGCCUUAAACCCACGAACCCAUCGCAUGACGCGAACGCUCUCAAUCGAGCUUUCCACGACGAACUUAUGAAGCGCUCGGAUCUUUACUUGACCCAAUCCGAACUGGGCGGUGUGUUCUGCAUACGCCUCGCUGUUGGUGCGGCUCGGACCACGAAAGAGGACAUAGAGAGGGUCUGGGAGGUCGUAGAGAGUACGGGGGAGCAACUCCGGUCGCAGUAUGCUGCCGCUUAG